UCCAUCCAGUAGAGGUCAGUAAAAGAGAACACUACUAAAUUUUCGAAGACGCAAUGAUGACAGAAACUUCACAGAACUGCAGGAAAAAGUCUACCCCGGCAGGAAGCAAAAUCAACCCGUCGUUAGGGCCACCCAGUAUAUCUAGUGGAGGUUUUUUUGAUUGAAUCGAAUGUAGUGUAUUCACCGUUGCAUUUACCUCAUAACAAAAUGGCUUGCUGUGAGAGCACAGAGAAGGGCAGUCUGGAGUCUGACUACUGUGGUGCUGAGUGUUCCCCAUGUGCUAUAGCCAUGAUGGAGAAGGAGAGGGACUCAUACGGAGUCAUAGGGAGUCCCACUCAGAGCUAUGAUGUGGAGGCCCAGGGCUAUGAUGUGGAGUUUGAUCCACCUUUGGAGAGCAAGUAUGAGUGUCCCAUUUGCCUUAUGGCCUUGAGGUCUGCUGUGCAGACACCUUGUGGGCAUCGCUUCUGUCGCUGUUGCAUACAGAAGUCGAUCAGGGAUACGGGACAGAAGUGUCCAGUAGAUAAUGAAGUUCUGCUAGAGGACCAGCUCUUCCCAGAUAACUUUGCCAAGCGAGAGAUACUCUCCCUUACUGUCCGGUGUCCCAACACUGGCUGCCACGAUAAAAUGGAGCUGCGCAAUUUGGAUAACCAUAUGAUGGAGUGCAAGUUUGCCACAGUGCCCUGUCCUCACUGUGGGGAGGCUGUGAAGAAGACCCAGCAGGACGAGCAUUCGAAAGAGCAGUGCCCUCGUCGCAUCAUUACAUGUCCUGACUGUCUUCAACCGUAUCUCUUUGAGGAGAGCAAGGUUCAUGAGACAGUUUGUCCCUUUGCCAAUGUUGUGUGUCAGUUUUGCAGUCAUGAGCUUUUUCGGGACCAGUUGGAUUCACACCUUAAUACCGACUGCCUGAAAGCCCCUGUAGACUGCACCUUCAGUUUCUUUGGAUGUACAGAGAAGAUGCAGAGGAAUGACCUGGCCCAGCACAUGCAGGAGUUUGCUGGGAUGCACAUGCGCUACAUGGCCGAGUACCUGCGGCAGCAGAGCCUGAGCGGGUGCAGCACGUCAGCGCUGGGUGCGUCGGUGGGCGAGCGGCCCGGUGCCCGGGGGGGUGAGCCGUGCCAGUGCGCACAGGAGCUGCGCAACAUGACUGAGACGGUGAAGUUCCUGGAGGGCCGGCUGGUGCUGCAGGACCAGCAGCUGCGCGAGCUGGCCAUCCACAACGACAAGCAGGCCACCCAGCUGUCGGAGACGCGGCGCAAGCUGUGCUCGCUGGAGGGGACGGUGCGCGAGCUGGAGGCCCAGCAGUACCAGGGCAUCUACGUGUGGCGCGUGGAGGGCUUCUCCAACCACCUGCGCCAGCAGGAGGCCGGCCAGGCCAUCGUCCUGCACAGCCCCGGCUUCUACACCGGCCGGCCCGGCUACAAGCUGUGCCUGCGGCUACACCUGCAGACGCCCAGCGCCGCCCGCUGUGCCAACUACAUCUCCCUGUUCGUGCACACCAUGCAGGGGGAGUUUGACGGCCAGCUCUCGUGGCCCUUCCAGGGCACCAUCCGCCUGGCCAUCCUGGACCAAGCGGAAGGGCAGCACCACGUGGAGGUGAUGGACACCAAACCAGACCUCCAGGCGUUCCAGCGGCCCACCACUCACAAGAACCCUAAGGGCUUUGGCUACAUCACUUUCCUGCACCUGAGCAUGUUGCAGCAGAAGCAAUUUGUGCGCGAUGACACCAUGCUGGUGCGCUGCGAGGCCAUGCCGCGUUUUGACCCCUACCUGCGUCGAGAGGGCAUCCAGCCCCGCGGACCCGAGCCCUCUCUGUAAAAACGAGGGCACACGCACACCGUAAACUCCAUUCCAGUACUCUUCAUGACUGUGCCAGUGUUCUGAAUGUAGUAUGUGUUUCACAGAAAACAGAAGGCACUCGAAAUAUUUCAUUCUAGAUUUAAACAUUACGAUCUAAAUUCCUUUCUAAAUAGGUAUGUCAACAUAGUCAUAGUGGGGGGGAAAUAGUUGCUUCUGCAACCAGCUUUUUAACUAUUCAUGGAUGUGAAAACAACUGGACUUCCCAAAAGAUUUCCCCAUGUUGUUUUUUCACAGAUUGCAAGGACAGUGGAAAUAAUGUGUCUUAACUCUUAAAAAGUGUGACUUUCCUUUGGGGCCUUGCCUUAUGUGUGCACAAGCAAGUAGUCUUGUGCCUCAUCUCCACACAAGCCAGAGUUGAACCAGUGACGCAGUGAAUGCCUUUGUCAGCAAAAAUAAUCAAUCAGGUUGAGUGGGUGAUUAAAUGCAAAGUUAAAGCUGUUCAUUAUCUCCCAAGAGCCAUUUGGUGUUUAGAUAUAAUGAUCAACACUUUUUGUCAUUCUGUGUGACUUUCAUUUUGAUCAAUCAGCAGCUUCACCAACACCCAGUUCCUGGACCAAAGAAAAAUGCUUACAGUACUGUUUAAUACUUCAACAUGACCUACAUCUAGAAAUGACAUUAGCUUGGUUACUAUGACCUACAUCUAGAGAUGACAUAAGCUUGGUUACUGUAGGUGUACUUGGUGACCUGAAAUAGUCUCUAUAGUGGAAAUGGGACUGUGUCAGAGUGUACACCUGAGAGAUGUCUGGCUGGUGUUGGCUCACUACGGAAGACUUGCUUGGUUCCUCAGUAAGUAAAACUAGUGCAUACUUGCUGAUGGAUGGACAUCAUCCACAAAAUGUCUGAAGUUCUCAAUUGUAUCAGUGUUUUGUAAAGAUGUGUUACUACAUUAUAAUCAUGUGGAACGGAAAUAUAAUGGGGAUUGUGCAUCCAAUUGUCUCUUAUACGCUCAUGAAACUGUCUGUAAGGACAGAACAUGUUUGUUUAAAGGGGAAUUGCAGUUUUUUUAGCUUAAUUUACCUUAACAGCUUUGGAGUCAUUGGAAUGUUUAUAUGACUUUUUCGGGGUUGAAUGGUGGCCAUCUUGCUUCCCCCUAUGUGAGCGUAAAAACCAACUUUGGUCCGAUGAGCCGCCAGCCUUAGAGUCAGAAAGUGUUGCAGUCUCACGAUGUAACAACUUGCUUUACGGCACUACACACACACACGCCAGGCACCGGCUACAACAAGGCAGCAAUGGAGUUUCUCAGACAUUCGUCAUGACAGAGCUGGCGAAAAGAAGCAGAAAGCGAGUAAACCGUUGUCACAGGAACAGGGAAGGAGGAAACUACAGACUGACCGAGCGAGAACUGUCGUAAAAUAUAUACUCUGAAGCUGUAGGGGGAGCUCUGUAGAGAAAACUGCGAGCAAAAAGCAAGAAAACAGUGAAAACUGCAUAGGGUCCCUUCAAUGAUGCUUUAUGACAUAGUGAUCGAUAUUGUUUGGCUCAGUUUGUGGAAGUGAAUGAGUGGUAUCUUAGUUCUGAAACCUGCCCUUGCAGAGUCUCUGCGAUGGCCUUUGGAUGAGCGUAAGCUUUGGAGACUUGGAGGGUCCCGCCACUAAGCUGUGUUGUGUUUGUUGCCAUUCAUACCAAGGAUGGAAAUGGAGCAUUUUCCUGAGGACGGGAAUCAUUUCUAUCUUGACACCCUGUGCAGCCCUUUAAGCUUUCUUCUGAUUGAAACAUCCAGAUAUUUUGUCUCAACGCAAAGAUCACCGAGGCCACAACUUGCUGGUUUCUCCAUCAAUGUGAUGAAUCAAAAUUCAGAACUCUGCAAAAGUAAAAUGGUCUUCAUGCCAUGCUGUCUGUUGUGUCAAACUGUCAUUGUCCAUAUAAAGAUGCACCUUACUGGCAGGGAUGGGAGGAAAUGGUUCACUCUACCCUGGACUCUUGCCUUGUCAUCAUUGGUUCAGUGUCUGAAUGGGAACACAUUUGUCUUGCUCACCCCAUCAUCUCACUGAUUCUUCACAAUAGUGUUUGGUGCACAACAGGGUUUUAUUUUUAAAACCACAACUUCUCUGCUAAGCAUUUUGCUCCACCGACAUCCUUCCUUCACAAUCAAGACGACAUCCAGAGAGGAUCCCAUUAUAAUAAUAAAAAAAAAAAAAAAACAGCUGUGAAGUACUCUGGAAGACUAAGCCCAAGAGUGAAGCCCAAUGUGUCGGUGCAUUUGUGAUGUUUGCCUUUCUCACGAUUUUAUGUGUGCAAUGUCAUUUUUUCAAAUAUGUUUUCCUCGGCUGCCUAGAUUUGGAAAUACAAUCAGAUAUUUUCAUGAAAUAUGAGUGAAUGAAUGAAUGUGUUUUGUUUUGUUUUAACAUAUAUAAGAAUACUGCCCAUGAUACCCCAUGGUUCCCACACAUUCUAGUACUGCACAAGCCUGUUAUUGACAUGUGCGCCUUUCAGUAACCUGUUCUCAUGCAUUGGGCCUCAUGGAAGAACCUUUCGUAUAAUCAGAUUAUCUUAUAACUGCUCAAGAAAGCAUUUUGCAAGAAGCUAGACUAGAGAGAUUCUUUUUACUCGCUGUGCUGGUGUCCCUGAUGUGAAUCAUGCACGUACAUGUGCUCUACAAAGCCAAAAGACACUCCAUUUGGGCUCAGCUUGAAAGUUUUUGUACUUGGACUGAAUAUAUCUACAGUUUGACUUUACAAAUUUGUCGUUCACAGGUUAUUUGCUGUUAAUUGCUGUUUCUUUCUGGAGUAACAAUGGUUCAAAUCAGGGUUUUGUACAGAGUAAUGAUAUCUGUGGAGGAGAGUAUCUCUUUCAUGAUUGGUAAAGGGUACAGCUUAACUUUUUUUGCUUUUGUAGUUUGCUUGCAGAUUGAUUUAAUGGUAUGAUGUCAUCAUGAUGAAAAGAGAUGUAUUAAUUUUGCUUACAGAAGGCCCUUCAAAAGAUCACAAUGCACAGGGAAAUCAUCCCUUCACAUGCCAUUAUAAAGUGGUUGCAUCCACACUGUAGGUUCUUUCUUUUGCCAUUCUUGUCUUUGGACAGCAAUGUCUGUAGCUUUAUUUUCUGUGUUUGUUUAUUUAUGCGUUGAGAAGCUUCAUGUAAGCUCGUUUGUUUUUAAUGGUCAACGCCUUUUAGAACAAAGACACAGGAAUACGAAAGUCUUACGUGAGGUCCUUUGCAUACUGUGUGAUGUGUCUGCUGUACAUAAUGCAGUUGCACCACAGGCAGUAGAAUGUUAUUUAUGGCCCAUGGUGGUGUUUCUUUAUCUUCAUACUGCAUCUGUGCUAACUACGAUCUGUAGUGCAGCAGAUUUGUUAUGUUGUGUUUAUGUUCCUCAAUAUUUAACAGCAUUGUCUUUGUCAUUGUCAGCCAGAGUUGUAAAAGUCUGGCCACAUCUUUGCUCCCACCAUUCACUAAAUCAGCUGAAUCUAAUAAAUACAAUUCAUCAGCCAGAUAGAUGAGCUAAUUAGUGAAAUCACCUGUGCUAAAUGCACAGGUAGAAACAAUACAUGGUAGGACUUUUACUUUCUGAAGCCAGACUUUUACACCUCUGUUGUGUAAUGUAUUAUUAUGAUGCCAUAACUGGGGCCUGUCUUAUGAAUUGUAUUAGGACCAAUCAGAGACUUGAGAGACACACUCAUAUGCUAUUUUAAAGCCCUAGUGAUGAGACCCAUCUCUCUGUGCUUGUCAUGAAAUUGUGCUCUGUGAGGUUAUACAGAAGGACCUGAUGACAAAACCUUCCUAGAUUAAAAAUAAUCAUUCUUACAUGAUGUAAUCCAGCCACAAGCAAUCUUAAAGCCACCUAUCAGCAAAGAAGUUGGUCUCAUGCACUUUUCAUUUUAAAUGAGAGAUUAUUCCUGUUUGUUGUGGACUUCAUUUCUAUUUUCCUGUGUGUCUUAAUAUACUAUUGUGGUACUAAUGUACUAUGUUUGUCUUUGCCUUUAUUUUCAACAACUUGAAUUUCAGGGUUUAUCUUGCAGAAAAGAAAUCACGACACUGUGCCUACACUGGAAUUAUGCUUUGAGUGUCACUGUUUACUAACGCUGAGUUAAUAAUAAAUUCGAUGUUUUUUCCACUG